UUAUUGGUGUCAAAUGUUAGUGAUUAUAUUUUAAUCCGAUGUACCUACAUAAUAGUUUAUAAAAUUAUUUUUAUAGUAUAUUAUAAUUUCGAUGAUAUAAACAGACUCAUUCAUGUUUAGCAGUCAAGCUCAACUAAAGAAACGAACUCCUGAAAAUGGCAACGACCGCGAAAAUUAUUUAUCGUUAUUAGUCGAUGAGUAUAUCAACACUAAUUCCUUUGAUGCUAAAUGUCAGGUACUGGCAAAUUUAGCCAAUUUUGCGUAUGAUCCACUUAACUACGUCUACAUACGAGAUGUUGGGGUGUUAGAUAUAUUUAUUCAUGUCCUAAAGAAUGAACAAAAUGAUAAAUUAAUAAAUUUUGCUGCAUCUGGAAUAUGCAAUUUAUGUAUAGAUCCAGAUAAUGUUGAGUAUUUCUUGAACCAUGCUGCUAUAAAACCAAUAACAAAGUUACUCAAAUCAACACAUAAUGAAACUGUAGCUGAUGCUGUGACUAUUUGUAUAUAUUUAUUUAAUAGUCAUGCAAAAACAGCCAUAAAUACACCAGAAAUCAUUCAGGAUAUGCAAAACUUGAAGAAUUCAACUAACAAUAACAAAGUAGUUUCAAAUUUGGCUACUAUAUUUUUAGAUGAUGUAAACAAGAGUAAUUAGCUCAUUCUUAAUAAUAAGGUUGUCGUAAUUAUAUAAUGAAUAAGAUGCUAUCAAAUCGAUUUCCAUACAUUGCUGUUAACAAUAAAAAUUAUCAGAAAAUAUGUAAAA